UGCAGCCCUCGCGCACAGUUCGGGCGCUUCCCGCCAUGCCUCUCUUCCGGCCCCGCCCCUACAGGCUGUCAUGACAACGAGUCAGCGCCCCGCGUUCAGCUGCUUCUCCGGGGACCCAGGCUGGACCGCGGGCCCCGGCCUGGGGGCCACAGCUGCCACCACCGUCACCUCGCCACCUCCCCGUCCCCGCCCCGCCCCGCGUUUCCCCGCCUCUUUCGGGCCGGUGGCCGGGGUCCCUCCCCGCCGCCCCACCUCGCGCGGAUGCCGAAGGUGAAGGCGCUGCAAUGCGCCCUGGCGCUGGAGAUCCGCUCUGUAACUUGUCCAGGAGUGGUGCUGAAAGACAAGGAGGACAUCUAUCUUAGCAUCUGUGUGUUUGGCCAAUACAAAAAGACACAAUGUGUCCCAGCCACUUUUCCACUGGUCUUCAAUGCCAGAAUGGUGUUUGAAAAGGUGUUCCCUGAAGCAGUAGACCCUGGAGAUGUGGUUGCACAACUUGAAUGUGAUACAGCAAUGUUUGAGUUGAUACAACUAGUUCCACCAGUGGGUGAAACACUGUCUACAUAUGAGGAAAAUACACGAGAUUUCAUGUUCCCGGGUCCAAAUCAAAUUUCUGGACACCAUGACUCAAACCGCCAGGUUACCAUGAGGAGGAUUUCUGGCCUACGAGGAAUUGCUCCAAAGCUGGAAUUUUCUACAACUUCAGUGAUUACUGAAUGUCUGAUAAGUUCAAGGAAGUGCCGUACUCAGGAUAAAUUUACCUACCAUUCAGCUCCAGUUGAAAAGUCCCAUGGCAGACCACAAAACAGAACAUCAAGAUCACAAAAGAAGAAAACCAAGUCACCCGAGAGAAGUAAAUGUUGCAUAAAUGCAAAAAACUACGAACAGCCUACAAUUUCUUCAAAAUCGCAUUCUCCAUCUCCCUACACAAAAAGACGCAUGUGUGAACUAUCGGAAGACACAAGGCGGCGGCUGGCCCAUUUAAAUUUAGGACCCUAUGAAUUCAAAAAAGAAACAGAUAAACCACCAUUUGUAAUUAGACAUGUUGAUCCCCCAAGUCCCAGGGCUGAUACUCUAUUUGGACUGUCUGGCAGAGACUGUGAAAGAGAUGGGUGGUCCAGGAUGCACAAUGAUCAUUCUCAUCUUGGCUGCUACCGACCUAAGGAUUAUAAGGUUAUCAGAACACCACAUGGAAGAGACUUCGAUGACUCCUUGGAAAGGUGUGACGAGUACUUGUGCCCCAGGUCGUGCAGCAAGCCCCAGCACUCAGCAAGGACCUUACUCGUCCAUUCAGCACCCUCAACAGUGCCGAAGCAUUCUCCAAGCCCUGUGUUAAACAGAGCUUCUCUCAGGGAAAGAUUCCAUUCUGAUUGGUGUUCACCUUCAAACUGUGAGGAGAUCCAUGACCGGGUAAAAAAUGUCUUGAAAUCCCAUCAGGCUCAUCCAAGACAUCUAUAUGAUGAGAGAGACCCAGAGAAAGACGACGAACUGGAGCUGAAGAGAGGUUUUCUGUACAGAGACAGUGCCUAUGACAGUGACCCCGAGUACAGCUCGUUUCAGCGGCCACAUGGCAGUCUCCAUUUGGAUGAUGGUGAAUACUGGUCCAACAGGGCAGCCUCUUACAAGGGAAAAUCCCACCGACCCAUCUUUGAGAACAGCAUGGACAAGAUGUACAGGAACUUAUACAAAAAGGCCUGUGGUUCUGUUUCUCACACACAGGAAACAUUCUGAGACCAUCCAUGAUAAACUAUAUGAGUGUCCAUGUCAACCUCUCAAUGAAAAUGUUUGAUGUGAUCAAUA